AUGAAUGCUUAUGGGGAUGUUGGUAAUUCGAGGAAGCUGAGAGCAGAUAUCGUGGAGCUUCUGAAGAAGAUGUUAGAUGAUCAUAAUCCUCACGUUAAAGCCUUAAAAACUGCACGCGAACAAUUUGUUGGGAAUCCAAAUUCUAAAGGUUUUAAGUUGGUUCUUGCAAGUGGCCGAACUACUGAUGGUCGAACGCAUAACUUACCUACUGAGAACGAUGUGGCGGCUUUGAUACCUGGUGAUUUCAAUAUGUUAACAGAAAAAAGAGACAUCGUUAUUCAAAGCAAGUCUGGAGGUUUAUACCGUAUAAGUGAGUUGCAUCCGGCUUAUUUACCUUUGCAGUAUCCGUUAUUGUUUCCGUAUGGUGAAGAUGGUUUUAGAUUAGGUAUUGAUAUUGGCUAUGUUGAUACAUCUGGGAGGAAACGCACAACCGUUACAAUGCGCGAGUUUUUCGCAUUUCGCAUUCAAGACAGGCAUGGAGAAUCCCCAAUCAUUAUGAUGUCUGGGAGAUUGUAUCAGCAGUUUCUGGUUGACGCAUAUACGAUGGUAGAAUCAAAUAGGCUUCGUUAUAUAUGGCAUAAUCAAAAGAAGCUACGGUGUGACAGCUUUGAUAAGAUUGAACAAUCUGGUGAACGUGGCAAUAAUGAUCUUUCUGAACAAGGAAUAAAGGUGCUUAUACCUGCUUCAUUCACGGGAAGUAAGAGAUUCAUGAGGAAACAUUAUCUAGACGCGAUGGCAACAUGCAAGUACUAUGGAUACCCGGAUUUUUUCAUAACAAUUACUUGCAAUCCAAAAUGGCCUGAGAUAACGAGGUUUUUGGAAAAACAUGAUCUAAAGAUCGAGGAUCGACCAGAUAUUUGUUGCAGGAUUUUUAAAAUGAAGCUCGAUAAUUUAGUGAAUUAUCUAACGAAAGAUCACGUUAUGGGCCACGUUAACUCAGCGAUGUAUACCAUUGAAUUCCAAAAAAGAGGAUUCCCACAUGCCCACAUGGUUGUUUUCUUGAAACCCGAAUCCAAACUACCAACAGGCGAGGACAUAGAUAGAUUUAUAUCAGCAGAGAUACCGGACAAGGACUUGGAUCCAAUUUUGUACGAAAUUGUUGGAGACUUGAUGAUACAUGGACCAUGCGGCGAUGACAAUCCAAAAAAUGUUUGUAUGCAUGAGAAAAGGUGUACAAAAUUCUUUCCUAAGCCUACUGGAUCAGUUACUAAAAUCGAUGAUGCUGGCUUCCCCAUCUAUAGACGUCGUAUGGAUCAAAGAACCAUUCUGAAGAGGGGUGUUUUGUGUGAUAACCGAUAUGUUGUCCCAUAUAAUCCAGAUCUCUUAAAGCGUUUUCGGGCACAUGUUAACGUUGAGUGGUGCAACCAAACCAGGUCUAUAAAGUACCUAUUCAAAUAUAUAAACAAGGGUCCAGAUUACAUUAGAGCAGCAAUCGAGGAUGAAGACGGUAACCCCGUUAUAUCCCAAGAUGAGGUUGAGCAACAUUUCAAUUGCAGAUACAUUUCACCGUAUGAAUCUUCAUGGAGGCUUCUAAAGAUUCCUACACAGUACCGAACCACGGCAGUAAUGCAACUUUCGUUUCAUUUGCCUGUCAAGGGCCCUGAGAGUUUUGAUGACUUAAAAAAGGUUAAUGGUGUUAUAUACUCUUCCUUCCGAGAAGCAUGCUUUGCGCUUGGUUUGUUAGACGAUGAUAAAGAAUACAUCGAAGGAAUUAAAGAGGCCAGUUUUUGGGGAACUGGAAAGUUUCUUCGUAAACUUUUUGCUAUAAUGCUUCUUUCGAGUAGUGUAGCAGUUCCGAUCAACGUCUGGAAUGCAACUUGGAAAAUAUUAACCGAGGAUUUCUUAUAUCAGAAAAGGCGUGAAGAGAAUGACCCAGGUUUGGUGUUGACUGAAGCCCAAUAUAAGAAUCUUCGUUUAUCAGAUAUAGAGAAGUAUAUGCGCAGAAAUGGUCAUUCAUUAUCCGACUAUAAAGGAGAGAUGCCAGUCCCUGAUGAUAUUGGAAAGUAUAAGAAAUCAAAUCAUCUAAUUCGGGAUGAGAAAUCAUACGAUCGUAAAACGUACCUAUGGAGGCUUUUAGGCGCUGCUCUUCGUUCUCAAGGAAAAAUAGUUCUCAAUGUUGCAUCAAGUGGCAUUGCAGCAUUGUUAUUAGAGGGAGGAAGAACAGCGCAUUCUCAGUUUGGAAUACCCAUAGUUGUGAACGAGUAUACAUUCUGUAAUGUGAGUUCUGGAUCACACCAAGCAGAGCUGAUUGAAGCAGCCGAUCUUAUUAUAUGGGAUGAGGCUCCGAUGAUGAGCAAGCAUUGUUUUGAGACAUUGGAUCGGACUAUGCGUGAUAUACUAAAGCGUGAUAAGGUCUUUGGUGGAAAGGUCGUUGUCUUGGGUGGUGACUUUUGA